GAUUCUAUUUGUGGUUAGGAUUUAUUUAAUUUGGUUAAUUAACUUAAUUUAAUGAAUUAGCAAGUUGAUUAACAAUUGUUUUCGAUAUUGAUGGACGGUCUGAUUUUACAGCUGGAUGAUUGGGUUCUGUGCCGAAUAUACAACAAGAAGGGGACCGUGGAGAACCAGCAGCCUCAGCAGCAGCAAGAACAACAGCGAACGACUAGUCGUAACGCGAGCAGUGGCUCGGAGUUCGAGGACAGGAAGCCGGAUAAUCUGAGGUGCCCGCCGCCGCCGGCUUCCGUGGUCCCCAGUCGUCACGUGAGCGAUUACGUGUACUUCGACAACUCUGACUCGGUGCCGAAGCUGCACACGGACUCGAGCUGCUCGGAGCAGGUGGUGUCGCCGGAGUUGGCGUGCGAGGUGCAGAGCGAGCCCAAGUGGAAGGAGUGGGAGAAGGCGCUGGAAAUGCCGUACAGUUACAUGGAUACGACGGUGGAGAACGGGUUCGGAGCGCAGUUCCAGAGCGGGAAUGAGAUGUCGCCGCUGCAGGAUAUCUUUAUGUACCUGCAGAAGCCGUACUGAUUUGGUUAAAGCAUAUUUAGAGUCGGUGCAUGGGACGGCAACAGGAGACGGAAGUCGAUGAGAGUGCGUUUGUGCGUCGACGGAUCUGGAAAGGGGAAAUGGGAAUGGGAAUGGGAUUGGGAUUGGGAAUUCAGUUGUGGAGUCCUGCAUUUUGGGGUCCAAGAGUGAAUUAGGAGAUUUGAGUACUAAAAUAUGUACAAGAUGUGUAUAUAUAGGUUAUAUAUAUCGUUCACAUGGUC